GAUCAUUUCUGCGUUGGUAUUUUACUAUUCUUUUGUUCUUGGACAACAUAGACUGCCAACUUUGUAAAUUUUUCCUCCCCUUUUCCUUUUUUUUUUUUUUUUUUUUUUUUUUAAAUAUAGACUGGCAGAAAGCAAACGUUUAUCGAUGGUUCGCUGUCAAUACGUUUGUUGUAUAUUUUUUUCUCUUACAUAUAUAUAUAUUUUUUUUUUUUCCUCAUUCUUCUCCUCACUCCUCAAUCCCCCGGUCUUUAUUUUCCUCCUCUAUUGCAUUUUUACCAUUAUAAACGAAAAUUUUCCUAAAAAAAAAAAAUUUAUUGAUAUAUUAUCAUUAUCCUAUUUUAUAUCUCCAUUUUAUUACGACAUAAACCUUUUCCAUAUCCUUCUUAUCUUACAAAAAAUUUAAAAAAGACAAAAAAAAAAAGUUAUAUUCUUAUCCACCAUCCAUAUUUCCCUUUA